AUGUGUCCACACCCUUCUUGCCAUCAGUAUUAUACAAUUGAAUCGGUGAAUGCGUUGCGCACACUACUCCCGCAAAAAGCAGAAUUCUUCGGAAAAUUUGACCUGGACGAACGUAAAAUGGAUGUCUUCCUCAAGGAUGACGCUGUCACACAAGGAAUAAAAGGUCAAUGCUACGCUUUUAUAGACGGUCACCAUGCUUAG